AUGGGCCUUUCCAAAAAACCCUCCAAAGCAAUUCUCUGCAUGCACGGCGGCGGAUCCUCGCCCGACGUCUUCCGCUUCCAGACCUCCUCCCUGCACGCCGCACUGGCCCACGAGUACGACUUUCUCUACGCGUCCGCACCUCAUAUCGCCACGCCCGGGCCCGACAUACUCCCGUUCUUCGCGGGCAUGGACCCGUUCUACAGCUGGUUCAGGCCCGUGCACGACGACCCUGCCUCGGAGGUCGUCACCUUCAACGAGGCGGUGCGCAAAAGCGUCGACAACUACACGAGGAACAACCCCGGCGCCAAGAUUGUCGGAGUCCUGGGCUUCUCCCAGGGCGCCGUGGCGUCGACCAUGCUCCUGUGGCAGCGGGAGGUCGGCCGGGUGACGUGGCUGCCCGACGUUAAGUUCGGCGUGCUGCUCUGCCCCGGGUACAGUGCCGUCGCCACUGAGUACAUGCGGGAAAUCUGCGAGCAGGAAUCCCGCGGUGAGGAGGGGAUCAUGAUUCAAUUGCCAACGCUGCAUCUCCACGGGCGCCAGGAUGCCAUCAACUUGCCUCAGUCGAGGAAGAUGUAUGCGACCCAUUACAAGGGCGCCCAAUUGGUCGAGUUCGACGGCGAGCAUGAGGUGCCGAGGAGGGUUGGGGAUGUCAAAAAGAUUGCUGAAUAUGUGCUGCGGGUCUCGGUUUAG